AAUGGCGGACUGCAAGGAGAACAAAGAAGAAACGAAUAGACCAUCGUAUGUUUUAAAGGUGGAUCCACCUCAAGAAUCUCCGGAUGAUUCUCCUGAAAAUUCCACCAGUGAAGAAAUGGAGAGUCAAAACAAUAGUCAGAAACAGAGAGAAAAGAACACUAGGGAAUCACCAUCUAGUUCUAAUAAACCAGUACUAGCUGCUCCGAAAUUUGGAACUUCAUUUGGAGCUACCGACUUCUCCAAGUCUUUGGCUAAGAAAAGAAGGUCUUCUGUAUUGUGGCCCUCUCAGUUGUGUGCAGUAACUAAUAAUGAAACAACCGCUAAAACAAUCCAACCUGUAAAACUUUUUAACCCAUUUGCAAAGGUCACAGACAGUUUUCUAGAAGAGAAAAAUGACUCCUUAACAGAAAAUAAUAAAAAUGAAGCAAAAGAAGAGAAGAGUGAAGAGAAAGAAGACAAGAAUGAGGAGAAAAAAGAUGAGAGUGAGAAGAAAGAAACAAAUAGUGAAGUAAAAGAAACUAAAAGUGAGGAGAAACCAGCAGAGGAGAUGAAGCCCACCUUCCUCAUGUUGGGUGCCAGCACAAAGGAAAUUGUAAAUAGUACCGUAACGCCCUGUGCCUCAGAGCCAAACUUCGUAUUUGGUCAGAACCUGCAGGAACGUGUUAUGAUAGCAAAUGAUGCAGAAAGUUCGAUGGAAAAAACGGAGGGAGAGGAAAAAAAGGAAACUUUGAAUGAAAAUGGUACUACAGAGCUUCUCUUCUCUAAUGCCUCUGCAGCAUGUCGCACUACCUCUAGAUCAGGUCUAACAUUAACAGAAGCGGCUCAAGAGCUGGAGGAGGCCAACCGUGCUAACAAACGAAAAUACAGUGAAGUAACACCUCUAACCGGCGAAGAAGGAGAGACGAAUAUCCUUCAAAUCAAUUGCAAAUUCUUUGCGUUUGACAAGGCUAGAGGCAGCUGGCAAGAGAGAGGGAGGGGUACCUUACGAUUAAACGAUCGGGACGAGGAGUCCCGUCUGGUAGGACGCACUGCGGGUACGCAAAGAUUAAUCCUGAACACAAAAGUGUGGCCUGGCAUGAUUGCAGAGAGAGCUGCGCCUAAAGCGUUACGACUAACUGCGAUGGACGUUCAAGGAAGCAUUAGGAUCUUCAUAGUUCAAGCGGCACCAAAUGAGGUUGAACAGUUGCACAACCUGUUACAACAACGGCUGAAACGCGCACAGGAACGCCAACCUAAGAAACUGGCGACCGACCACUGACAAUCGAUUAAUCGUCCCUGCUUCGCUCAUUACCGUCAUAUGUGACACUGAGAUGGUAACAAACACAUGAGAAAAGAAUUGAGGAAAACAUCGUCGAAGCUAUCUGGCCCUAUCUCUCCUAUAGCACACGUACGCAAUAGACGCGGCUAUGAUAUUUGCUUUCCUCAGGAAGUUCUUUAGACCUCGACAUCUAUCUAAUCUCGUUUGCAGGCAGACAAAACAAAAAGAUGAAAAAAAAAAACGUGGGAAAAAGAAGUCGUAGUAGAGUCUGGGAAUUCUUUCUGGUAUACUAAUUUUUGUAAUCAUUCCCAAUUGAUAAGUUUUCUUUUACACGACAUACAAUAUACAUACA